AGACAUUAUUAUUGCAGAAACAAUAUGAUACAAAAAAAAACAAGGAAUUCAAAUUGACAGCUUGUUUCUAGUUACCAAGCAAACAAGCAGUGGAAAAUGCCAGUCACAUCUCCGAGAAUAGUGUCACACUUGCUAUACGACUGGAGACUGUGAUCAUCAUCAUCUAGCCCUCAAGCAUCCUGGCCCGAUCUCGCACUCUGAAACAACAUGUGGGCCGACGAAGACCGCAGCCUGUCCUACACCAGGAGCAGGAAUGACUGGGAGUCCAGCUUCUCCAAGAGCUCCACGCGCUCCUUCAAACCUACCGGCCGGUUGGCCCUCGCAGAUCUGGAUGUAUGGGAUGACGCGUGUCUAUUUAAAGCCCAGUCUUCAGCACAUAGUGGCAUGGCUGCUGUCUCUGGGUUAGGGCUUCUGUCGAACCACUGCAGCCCUUUCACCAGCACUGUUGGUUUUGGACCGACGCUGCCAAACAUGAGGCAGUGGAUGUCCACGUCAGACCUGGCUCCAGAGCUCAUCCCCGGCUUCCCCCUGGACCCGUCGCGGGCGGGGGAGCUCCACUCCGCCCAGGGAGAACGGGGCUCCAGGCGGGCGGAGCUGGUGCACAGGCUGCAGGAGGCCCAGCAGCGUCUGGAAGACACAAACGACCUCAUGAAGAGCAGAGGCCAACCACGGCCCAGCAUUAAGACUACAGCACAACUCCUGGACAUGAAACACAAGGCAAACUUCCAGCAGCAUGCCCAGGGUGUGCACCUGAGGCAGCAAGGGAAGGCUCAGUACAACGGGGAGGCGUUUGCUGAGCUCCGUGAGCAGGAGAACCAGGCCCAGGACAGCGCCCUGAUCAGGGAGGCCUUGAAAUCCGUCAAAGAGGUCAACGAAACAUUGAGAAGUGAACUCAAGGUGGUCAAGCAAAGCCUGGAAACGUCCCAGGCUCAGCUCGGUGAGCUCAGGGCGGAGAGAGAUACUCAGGCCUGUCAGAUGUCUGCACUCAAGGCCCAAUGCACCCAGCUGAUUCAGGAGAAGGAGGAGAUUCUGGGUGACCGUAAUACACGUGGACGAGAGGAGGAGCUAGCAGAGUGGACGGAAGAGCGCCGAAAGCUCAGGGAAACUUUGGAUGCUUUGCAUGCAGACCACCAGAGGCUGCAGGAUCGCUGUCUGUGUCUGGAGUCUGAGGUCCUGGCGAAGGAGGAGGAGCUCUGUGUGAAGGCGCAGGAGUUUCGUGAGCAGGAGUCUGAGAGACUCAGUGGCAAGGAGGAGUUCAGGGCCUCGGCCUCGUUCUGGAACGAGAAAUGGCAGGCGGCUGCGCUUAGUCUGAGCUCCACACAGAGGGAGUUAGAGGCCAUGAAACAGCAGGACCCUGGACACAAGCUCCAGGAGGAAGCUACAAGACUGGCUGCUGAGGUUCAAGGACUUCAAACUGAGCAGGAUAGAGACAAAGAAGAAAUUAAGGCCCUGCUUCUGCACAAAGCAAACCUUGAGGCAGAACUUAAAAGGACGAAGAGGGAGACUAACUCAAUACUGCGUGUUGAACUGGACGCAUGCAAACAACAACUGGAACUGGAAAAGAACAGGAACAAGGAGCUGGUUCACACACAGAGGGGUGAACGCCCAGUUGGUGAGGCUGUGCAGACAGUAGACAAAGAGACGAUGACGAUAUUCAGCAUGCCACCCAAGAUGGGGCAGCCAAUGAUGCACCCCGAUGGAAGGCUGAAUGAUCCUUCACCAAAGAUGAGUGGUCAUCUAGACCGGAGGAUGCCAGCACAGGAGAAUGUUAAUUUGGAAAGCACUGGGGCUUUAAGUAUGGCCCAACAGCUGGCAAACAUGCAGGUGGAACUGAAGGAAAAGGAGCAUGCUUUGGAGGUCCAAGAAAUACUGAGAGAGGCAGAGCAGUCGGAGGCCGAAAGUACGAUUUCUGCAUUGAAACUGAAGCUUGUGAAGUUGAACGCUGUUCAGGGGUUACAAACACUCAACCAAGUUCACUCGGAUACCGAUGAUAGAACAUCUUCAGAGAGACAGAACACGAAACCGAUCAGUCAAGUGGACCACGACAGGCAGCGCAGAAUGGUCACGGAGCAGUUAAAAAACCUCUUCAAAGAGAGGAAAGACUCGGGGAAGGCCUGUGACAGUCAACCUGCGGUUCAAACCCACGUGUGUCCACAACAAGAGUUGGCAACCAAGUCCCAAGCCAUCAAGAGUCAACGACAACAGGAGCUACUGAGGUGUAGAAAUGAGCUUUAUGGCUCAGGCCUUGCGCCUGUAUCUGAGGAGGAUGAGGAAGAUGAGGAGGAGGAGGAGGAGGAGAAAGAUACACAGCAAGAGCAAGGAUGAACCGGCCUAGUGCACUCCACAACCAGAGCAGCUGGGUCGAAAUACUUUGAAUAAAGUUGAUUGGAGGAUGGCUGAAUUCAUGAUCAUGAUGUCACAUUUCCUGUCAAACUUCUUCACGACCAUUCAUUAUGUCUCUCUCUCUUUCUCUUUCCGACACCACAUCCCUUAGUGAUAAGUUAGUGCAUCUGUAGGCUGUAACUGUGACUGUAACCAACACACACACACACACACGCACACGCACACGCACACGCACACGCACACACACACACACACGAUGAGUAGAUUAUGAGUGCAUUUCAGACAGAAACUCACAUGUGCCGACACAGAGAGUGUUAAUCCCUGCUGCUUUUCAGAAGCAUCACUGCUGCACAUGGAUGCUUACUGUAGUGUAACUGUAAUCUCACACAUUUCACUCUUCACUGGGUUAAUAGCUGGAUUUAGAGCCCAGGCGGGAUCAGGUCAAAUGGCUUCGAUGUGUUGCUUUCUUCUUUUAUGUGCUAGCUAGAUUGACCGUAGCUGUUAGCUGAUAGUCAGGGAAAUUGGGGAAUUACAAUGACAAACUAUGAUGACAAAUAAAUAUGCUUUUAUACAAUUGGUUGCAUCGACAUUAGGGUUUUAUUAUGAUUUUGUUCUGUGUGACAUAACCAAGUGGGUGAACGUUUGUGCAAGUAUGGUGAUGUUCAUAAAAACUUAAUAAAAAAACGUAAUCAUAA